ACAUGCUUCUUCCAUAAAUUUACAAAGACCUUGUCCCGAGCAUUUGGCUUUUUUUGGUGCUAAACAGUAGGCUCAGAGGCCAGAGCACUCAACAGCUUUACAUCACUGUUAGUCCACGUGUCGUUCAUCCAUUGACUACAUAGAAAUUUGGCCGUUUCCUCUUCCUACUUCUGUCCCAACAAAGCUGGUGGCCUUUGUUUCGUUCCUUUCUUGCAAGAAAGAAACAGAGCAACCUAAAAAACGUGGUGUCUGUUCUCUUCAGGUUCUAGGGUUGCUCAUCUUUAUUUCUCUCCGCUUUCUCUUUCUUCCGUUCAAGAUUAAUUUCUUGAAUUCUAAUUCUUUUAAAUUUUUUCUUAUUUUUUCCUUUGCAAGAAAUGAGGUGGAUGUAUUGAGAAGAGAAAGCGAAAACGUUUAGAAAGACUUUUUCUUUUUUUUUUAUAGCAAUAGCUAGAUUACCCUUUCCAGACUUGAAAAGAAAGAGUGCAUAUAAAGGAAAUUUUGUGAGAGGUUUCUCUUUUUGGUUUUUUCUAAAGAAAGUAUAUCUAUGCAAAUUAAUUGGGCAGCUAUACAUUGAUAUUCAGAAAGAGUGGACGGUGGAAAGGAGAGUUUUCAAAGCUGUAAAUACGUGUAAGCAAAGAAGAUUAUACGUAUUAGUUGAUUGAUUUGUUAUAUGUUUUUGGUGUGCAAUAAAGAAAAAGAAAGAAUUGGGUUUGUGUCGAAACAAAGAUAAGUUUCGAGAUUUUGAGCUGUUCCAGAUAAUGAGAGCGAGGCCAUAAUGGAUUUUUGGCCAGAGUUUCUUGCUACAAGUUGGGGCAGAGAAUUUGUCGCUGGAGGUUUUGGUGGCAUUGCAGGUAUAAUUUCUGGAUAUCCACUUGAUACUUUGCGUAUCCGGCAACAACAGAACUCCAAUUCUGGCUCGGCCUUGAGCAUCCUCCGCCGCGUUAUCUCCGCGGAAGGGCCUGGUGCACUUUACAGAGGGAUGGGUGCACCCCUGGCAUCAGUCACCUUUCAGAAUGCCAUGGUUUUCCAAAUCUACGCUAUCCUUUCUCGAGCAUUUGACUCGUCUGUUUCGGUUAAUGACCCUCCUUCCUACAAAGGUGUGGCUUUAGGAGGAGUUGGCACAGGAGCUUUACAGAGUUUGAUGCUUACUCCUGUAGAACUGGUAAAGAUCCGCCUUCAAUUGCAGGACAAAAGUCAUGCAAAACUCCAUCACAUAGACUGUCACAAAGGUCCUAUAAGUGUUGCCAGGAGCAUACUCAGGACUGAAGGUUUAAAAGGAAUUUAUCGAGGCUUUUCCAUCACUGUCCUUAGAGAUGCGCCUUCUCACGGCUUCUACUUCUGGACAUACGAGUACAUGAGAGAGCAGCUUCAUCCUGGCUGCAGAAAGAACGGCCAAGAACGCUUAAGAACAAUGCUUAUUGCUGGAGGACUAGCAGGAGUUGCAAGUUGGGUCUGCUGCUAUCCAUUAGAUGUUAUAAAAACCAGACUGCAAGCUCAAACACCAUCUUCCCCACAAAAAUAUAAUGGCAUUCUGGAUUGUCUCAGCAGAAGUGUUAAAAAGGAAGGCUACGGCGUGCUCUGGCGUGGCUUGGGAACUGCUGUUGCAAGGGCUUUUGUUGUGAAUGGGGCAAUAUUUUCUGCUUAUGAGAUCGCACUUAGGUGUUUAUUCAACAAUGGAAGCGUUCAAACAGAGAACACGAUCUAGGGGAAAUUUAUCUCUCCUAAUUUGAAAGAACAGUCCAAGAAUUGCAUAUUGCACGCAAUCCUUUUUCAACACUGCUGAAUGAUCUAAGCAACUAGGAGGCUGGAGCCCUCCUCUUUUUGCACUCAUGGUGUAAGGUUCUUUAUAAGCGCCUGAUUAAAUCUCUCCAUAAGAAAGUUAAUAUACAGUUUUCAUUUUGCCUCAUAACUCUGUUUGGAGACAGAAACAUAGUAAUGAAUGAUUUUGCUCCUAAAUGGGACUUCAAAUC